UCCACCUCUACUCCACGAACAUCACAAUUUUAAUUUAAAUUGAAAUUCGGUCGUGCUGCUUCGUUGUGGCUCCCGAUAAAUACAAAAUCAUACUUAUUUAUUUUUUUUAGCGCCUAGCUGAUAAUUGUUGCUGUGCAGCUGAGCUUACUAAUUUGUUGCUCUUGUUUGUAAACGCCCCCGCGAAGCAGUGAUUUUGCAAUAUUGUUCUAAAAGCAGUGGGAAAAGUAGGGAAGACCAACAAGUGCGCUUACACACACACACACACACCCAUUUCAAACACCGAAAGAAUCGCGAGUGCAGCAAUUGAAAGCAAAUCGCAAGUGAAAAUAGACUCAACGAACGGGCAGAACAAAAAAUUGGAACAAUUUCAGCAAAUUGUUGCACACGAAAAUAACAAAACAGCUGUGCGCCUGUUUGUUGUUGUUGUUUGCCGCUGCGUGGGAGAGCAAAAAGAGCGAGUGAGACGGAGUGAACGGCUGCAUCUGCAACAUCUGUGAGACAGAGGAAGAGGGGAGACAAAAAGCGACAUCAUGACCGACAUCAACGAAUUAAUGGGAUCCCCUUUUGUGCGUGUGAAGCUGGUGGCCUUUGUGCACUUCUUCUUCAUCUCGAAUGCCAUGCUGGGCACUUGGGGCCACGGGGCUUAUGAGUUCUACAACUUUCUAUUCUUCAUCGCCAUGUUUUGGACGAUGCACAGCAAGGACUCCAUUGAAGCGGUGCAAACGGCACUCGUCAUCAAUGCUUCUAGCAUUUUCUUUGAUAUAGUCAGCAUUGCGCUUCAUUAUAGUAUCAUGAAUGGCUGGGCCGUGGCGUUUAGCAUCAUUAACUUGGUCCUGCGACCCGUGAGCGUGGCCCUGCUCUAUCGGGAGUUCAACACACGGGGCGGGACAUUGCAGACGGGAUCCGUCUUCCCAACCAGCCAGCAGCGCAGCUAUCAGGACAUCGACAGGCCCACACAGCCCACUCCGACCAACUCGCAGCCCGGCCCGAAUGUGGCCAGCAUCUUCUAGGCUCUCCAAGAUCAAGAUCACCCUUCCAAGUACCUAGACACAUCCACACCGUAACUCCGCGUAUCCGCGUAACUAGACGGCGGAUCACAACGGAUCACAACGGAUCAGAACGGAUCAGAACGGAUCACAACGGAUCCCAACGGAACAGCAAAGACAACCCACUAGUCAGUGUCGCUGCCUGCUAAAACAA